AAGUGUCAGCGCAACAGUGAAUGCUGGACCAUUGGCUUAUGCCACGGCCUUCCUUGAAAAGGCAGUUGUACAUAAAUUUGACAUGGACAAAGUGAAGAUUCUCAAAGAAAUGUUCAAGAAGUUUGUGCGUGUAUGUAGUGCUGCUCUGGAGUUGAAUAGUGACCUUAUACAAUCAGACCAGUACGAGUACCAUGAAUCACUCAGGACAAACUUUCACGACAUGGUGGAAAAACUACAAGAUAUGUUUGGGGAAAUAUUGAUGGACGGCGAUGCGAGUAUAGGGAGCAGAUCAUCUUUGACUUUCUUCAAUGUGAUAAGUUCAACUGGAACAACAAGCACUGUGUAAUUUGAUCAUAUACA